AUGGCUUCAAACCUUCCCAUUCUGCAAGAAGCUGUGUCUCUUGCCCAGAUGAACGUUCAAGAUGACGCUGCGCAACCAACCAAAAUGAACGUCCACGAAGAACUUGAGGCCUCCCGCCUUGCUCAACUGGGCAAAUUCAGUAAGCUCCCAGUUGAGCUGCGUCUCAUGAUCUGGGAUCUCCUCAUUUUCGAAGCUGCCAUCUCGGGCAAAGACCGUCAAAACCAAACCAUCGCCAACAUCCUCCGCUAG